AUGACGCCACUCGUUCGCAGCGCCGCACUGACCAACUACGCCAGCGUGGCCCGUCUGGCCGGGCUGGAUCCCCUGCGCAUGCUGAAGGCAGUGGGGCUGGAUCCGGCCUGCCUGGAACAGCCGGACUGGAAGAUUUCCGGCCCCGCCGUGGGCCGCCUGCUGGAAGACUCCGCGCGCCGCUCGGGCUGGCAAGACUUCGGGCUGCGCCUGGCCGAAUCGCGCCCCUUCUCCGUGGCCGGGCCGCUGGCACUCGUGGCGCGCGAACAGGCCACGCUGCGCCAAGCCAUCGAGGCAUACAUGCGCUACAUGCACCUGCACAACGAAUCGCUGCACAUGUGGCUGGAAGAAAACGGCCGCACCGCAGUAAUCCGCACGGAAUACCUGGGCAGCCUGGAACAGCGCCAAAGCAUGGAACUGACGCUCGCCAUGAUCCACCGCACCAUCCAGCAGAUGCUGCCCGAACACUGGCGCGCGCGCAGCGUAUGCUUCAUGCACGCCGCGCCAGCAGACACGCGCACGGCGCGGCGCAUCUUUGGCCCCCGCAUCGAAUACGCCGCCCCCCUGAACGGCAUCGUCUGCGCCGCGAGCGAUCUGGCCGCACCCCUGGCCAGCUACGCGCACCUGGAGCGCUACGCGCAGCAGUACGUGGAAUCGAUGAGCACCAGCGCCGCCCCUUCAGUCGGCGAAAAAGUGCGCCAUCUGGCGCUGACGCUGCUGCCCUUCGGGCAAUGCACGCUGGCGCGCAUCGCCGGGCAUCUGGGCGUAGACGAACGCACGGUGCGCCGCCAUCUGCGGCACGAAGGCACGUCCUACAACGAACUGCUCAACCAGAUCCGCCGCGAACUUGCGCCCCGCUACCUGGACAGCGCGCAGCGCAGGCACGCAGAGACUGCGCUGCUGCUGGGGUUCAACAGCGCAAGCGCGUUCUCCCGCUGGUUCCGGCAAGCGUUCGGAUGCAGCCCCUCGUUUCGGCCCCCGGUCUCGCACUUCGUGCCACCCGCAAAACCCAAGGCGUGCGUGGUGAUGACCUGGCUGGAGCCGCCGGGGUAG